AUGUCUAGAUCAAAUCCCACCGAAGAUGUGGACGACCUGGAGUCGGCCCAGACUCCUUUUCUAUCCAACAGCGAAAGGAAAGAAAAUCAUUCAGAUCACGAGCAAAUAUCAACAAAAGGGGAGGAGAAGUGCAUUUCACGGCGGUGGUUGGAGCACCAGACGAUAUUCCACAGUAUUGUUUAUAUACUCGCAAUAUGGGGACUAGUAUCACUUGCUUGGCAGGCUGCUGGAACGAUAUCUGCUGGGUCUUCAUUCUCAAGAAACUCUUCCAACUCACAACCUGAAUAUGACGUCUAUCGACCCGAGACGCUGGCGCCGGGACUCAACGAAUGCGAUUGCGGACCUACGACGGCCGACGCCCUGGCCCGGGACUGCAAAUACGACAGCCUGUCCACGGCCUGGCUGCCACCAUACUGUCGAGACGACGAGCUGACGGCCGAGUUCGACCGCUCGGGCCCCGGUCCGGACGGAAGCUGGGGCUACUUCGCCGACGAGGCCGGGACGAUACCGCUCAGCGCCGACGAGGUGGCGGCGCUUGGCGAGACGGGUGGCUCCUUUUGGGCCUCGCGCGACUGGCACGUUGUGCACUGUCUGUAUUACUGGCGUAAAUACGCACGCAUGCGGCACACGGGCGCCGUCAUGGAGGCCCGCUUUGACAACGAGGCCCACGUUGAGCACUGUACCCGUCUCAUUCGCAAGCCUGCCCCCGAUUACUUCUUCCUCAUCGAGGUCCCCGUCAUGAUGAACUCGAGCGACCAUCACCACCGUGCUGAGGGAUCUUGA